AUGGACUGUCAUGAACUAGAAGCAGCCCCAGAACGGGCUCAAUGGGGUCGGCAGAUUGAAUUUAUUCUUACGUUGGUCGGCUAUGCGGUGGGUCUGGGUAAUAUAUGGCGGUUCCCCUACCUCUGCUAUAAAAAUGGGGGAGGAGCGUUUCUCAUUCCGUACCUGAUAUGUCUACUGUUAAUUGGUCUUCCGGUGUUUGCCCUGGAGGUGUCGUUUGGUCAGUUCGGUGGCAAAGGGCCGAUCAGCAUUUGGUAUAUCAACCCGGCAUUAAAAGGUAUUGGGUACGCUGGCGUCAUGAUAUCCGGAAUCAUCUCCAUCUACUACGACUGCAUCAUCGCCUGGGGCUUCUACUUCCUGUUCUCAUCCAUGACCGACGAGGUGCCCUGGAAAGACUCACAGUGUGACGACUGUGCGUGUCUGUUGUUUGGAAAAAAUGACACAGACUAUUUCAUUGAUAACAGAACUGGCAUCAACUGCAGUGAGUAUUUUAGGAAGAAGGUUCUGUCCGAGAGUGCGGGCAUAGACGAGACGGGGAUCAUUAAGUGGGACAUCAUGCUGUGUAACCUGCUGUCUUGGCUCAUCGUCUUCGCGGUCCUGUCCAAGGGAAUCAAGAGUCUCGGCAAGGUUGUAUAUUUCACGGCCAUCUUCCCAUACAUUAUUCUGACGAUCCUGUUGAUUCGAUCAUCAAUCCUAGAGGGCGCUGCCACAGGCAUUUUAUAUUACCUGAAACCUGAUUGGAGUAGACUGACGGACCCUACAGUGUGGAGUGAUGCGGCGGUGCAGAUAUUCUUCUCCCUGAGCGCCUGUCAAGGGGGUCUCGUUGCCAUGGCGAGCUACAACAAAUUUUCAAACAACGUCCUAAGGGAUGCGAUCAUGGUUCCCAUCAUCAACUGUUUGACGAGUUUCUACGCCGGUUUCGUCGUCUUCGCCACACUUGGCUACAUGGCGCAUGUGCGGGGUGUCGACGUCAGCAAUGUCACUGCAUCAGGGCCAGGUCUGGCGUUCGUGGCCUAUCCAGAGGCGCUAGCCAACAUGCCAAUAACACCUUUGUGGGCCAUUUUGUUUUUCUUCAUGCUUUGCAUUCUUGGAUUUAGUUCGCAGUUUUCAAUCGUGGAGACCGUAAUGACGGCCAUUAUUGACGAGUUUCCGCGAUUCUUCCGAACCAAUAAAAAACGUGUUCUCUUUAGAAUCGGCGUCUGUCUCGGCGGGUUCAUCCUCGGGAUGCCAAUUGUUACCCAGAGUGGUUCCUAUUGGUUGGAUCUGAUAGACAGCGCUAUACUGGGCUUUCCAACUCUGUUUAAUGGUCUCUUUGAACUGAUAGCCAUUGCCUGGGUGUAUGGAUACACAGAGUUCGCUAAGGACAUAGAGAAAAUGGUUGGCAGAAAACCUUUCUUUUACUUCCGGAUAUGUUGGUGUUUCGUGUCGCCAGUGCUCGUAGUGGCAGUGAUUGUUGGCAAGGCUGCACAGUACACAACGUUGAGUUCUAAAGGCGACCCAGUCUGGACCGAUGUUUUGUGGUGGAUCAUAACGAUAUCGCCGACACUGAUCACACUUUUGUGGUUCUUAUACUACACCUGUUCGCAUGGAGUCUUCGGGGAGUUCAGACGAUUAAACAAACCGUUAGCUGGCUGGCGAGAAAGGCGGAUAACCGAAGGUGGCACCCUUUCUGUUGAAGACACAGAAAGGGACCCACCCCCGUAUACAACCAAUGGAAUCUCCCAAGAAAACAUGGGAUAUGUGGACUACAAGGCCCAAAACGACAACAUGGGUUAUUUUGCUGACGAUGAUGAUGCUCCUCCAGCCACAGUCAACCCGCCAAAGCAAACACAAUUUGACGAAGCGACCACGCAUAUGUAGUAAACAAUGGCGACAUUCACUCAUUGUACAUGUACCUUCGUUUCCGUGCUUACAUCAGCCCUACUCUCUAUAAAUAAAGGUAAAAAUAUGGCUUGUGCAUGCCCCUCCCACCCUCCCCACCACAUGGACUAGUAGACAGCACUGAAGGAUUUUUACUGGACGAUUUACUGAUGCUGAGUACUGAUGGUGGUAGUAGUGCUGUGUUGGCCAUGCCCAUCCAUACUAUGACCAACGCGUUUUAAAGUAGCACUUCGGUACUGCUGCAUUGUAUUUUAGAACUAAUUUGAGUAGUCCUAUAAAGAACAGUCCUUGAAUUUGUCAAAACCCAUGAAAAAUGCUUUGAAUUUAAGAAAAUCAUUUUGAAAAAUGCUUGAAUUGCAUAUUUCCUGAACCCUAAUUGCACAAUCUGUCAGCUGGUGUUUCUGAUAGCUUUUACUAGUUGGUGUCAUUUUGUCACAAAUAUCGAACACUGAUGUUGCAAAUACUGACAAAAUUAUGUGAGACCCAAGUGUUAUCAGUUAAAUUUGGUGAACCCAUAAAACCCCCAUAAAAGCUGUAAUGUUACUGUGAAAGUACUUGAAUUUUGCCUUCUAAAUUUGUGUAUAAAUAGCUGCAUUCAGUGAUCAAUGUGACAGUUUUACACAUUUCAUUUUGUAUUGCAAGAUAUCUUGUCACUUACACUGACAAAUAAUGCAUCAAUUAAAUCCAGUGUCUGAUUUCAUUUUGAAAGUCUUAGUGUAUUAAAAAUGUCAAAUUCCGAGACAAAAUUAAGCGAGCUGUAUUAAUACAAGACUACAAACACGGUGGUAUAAAAAUUCCAAAGAUAUUUAUAGGAUAUUAAAUGAGUUUCCAUGCAUCGAAAUAAGUCGAGAACGGUCGUUCAGGUUACCGGGAGGUUACUACAUGUAAGAAAAGU